CCCCGGACCCAGGUUCCUUGGAUUCGGCCACUUGUGGAUCUUUGCAGGGAAGUGAAAUCAGAUGGAUGCUGGUGAGUACCUCAUGGCAGCAGUUGCUUCAUUUCACUGGGUCAGAGUGAACUGUAACUUGGAAGCCUUCUUUAGAAUGAAGAGGAGUGACUUCUGUGUUGUGAAUACAGCGAUCCAGUCUUCACCAGCAGUGAAACAGCCCAAACUUGGGCUCUGCCCUUCCCUUGGCCAGACCCACAUGUACACUGUUCUCCAAGACUGGGCGAGUUUGCCUUACCAUGUGGUACUACGAAUUUUUCAGUAUCUUCCUUUAAUAGAUCGGGCUCGAGCAUCUUCUAUAUGUAGAAGAUGGAAUGAAGUGUUUCAUAUCCCUGACCUUUGGAGAAAGUUUGAAUUUGAACUGAACCAGUCAGCUACUUCAUAUUUUAAGUCAACUCAUCCUGAUCUCAUUCAGCAGAUCAUUAAAAAGCAUGCUGCACAUCUUCAAUAUGUCAGCUUCAAGGUUGACAGUAGUACUGAGUCAGCUGAAAUUGCCUGUGAUAUACUUUCUCAGCUGGUAAAUUGUUCUAUCCAGACUUUGGGACUGAUUUCAACAGCCAAGCCAAGUUUUAUGAAUGUGUCAAAGUCUCAUUUUGUGUCAGCACUUACGGUUGUAUUCAUCAACUCAAAAUCAUUGUCGUCAAUCAAAAUUGAAGACACACCAGUAGAUGACCCUUCACUGAAGAUUCUUGUGGCCAAUAAUAGUGACACUCUAAGACUCCUAAAAAUGAGUAGCUGCCCUCAUGUUUCAUCUGAUGGAAUCCUUUGUGUGGCUGACCAUUGUCAAGGCCUUAGAGAACUGGCAUUGAAUUAUUACAUUCUGAGUGAUGAGCUUCUCCUAGCGCUUUCAAGCGAGACUCAUGUUAAUCUUGAACAUCUUCGAAUUGAUGUUGUAAGUGAAAAUCCUGGACAGAUGGAAUUUCAUUCUAUUAAAAAACACAGUUGGGAUGCACUUAUUAAACACUCCCCAGGAGUUAAUGUUGUUAUGUACUUCUUUGUAUAUGAAGAAGAAUUUGAGACAUUCUUCAAAGAAGAAACCCCUGUUACUCACCUUUAUUUUGGUCGCUCAGUGAGCAAAGCCAUUCUCGGGCGGCUAGGUCAUAACUGUCCUCGACUAAUAGAGUUAGUGGUAUGUGCUAAUGGUCUUCAGCCUCUUGAUAACGAACUUAUUUGUAUUGCUGAACACUGUAAAAACUUAACGGCCUUAGGCCUCAGUGAAUGUGCAGUUAGCUGCAGUGCGUUCAUUCAGUUUGUAAGACUCUGUGGGCAAAGGCUAACCCAGCUUUCUAUCAUGGAAGAAGUUCUGAUCCCUGAUGACAGUUACAGCCUAGAAGAAAUUCACAUUGAAGUCUCUAAAUACCUGGGAAGGGUGUGGUUCCCUGAUGUGAUGCCCAUCUGGUAACCACCUGCCAAUGGUUGACAGAUUAGCUGCUGUCUACCUAUGCAAAUGUAAAUUUUAAGAUACCUUGCUAAAAUAUUUUAGGACUUUUUAUUGUUUGUAAACUGUCUGAAUGGAUUGCUGCAGAAUGAUUUGAAAAAGUGUAAGAAAUUGGAAUAGCCAGAAAUCUGUUAGUGUGGCACAGACACUAUGUUAGAUUAGAUGGUUGAUAGACUGACCUACAGAUGUUUUUUAGUAGAUUCCUCAGCCUUCCUUAAAGUCAUAUUUUGGCUUACUAAAUAAAUUUGUAACAUUAAACUUGGA